AUGGCCAAGGGAAGAGGAACUGCAUCAUGCUCGGCACGUGUAAUAGUAGCUUUGAUGGUUGUCUCAGUGUUGGCACUUCAAGUAGACUAUGUUCAAGCUGCGACUUACAUUGUUGGUGAUUCUUUGAAAUGGGCCUUUAACGUUGUGGAUUGGCCUAAAGGCAAACAUUUUAAAGCCGGUGACGUUCUCGUGUUUAAUUAUAAUCCGAGUUUCCACAACGUGGUCGUGGUGGAUAGUGGAGGGUACAACAAUUGCAAAACACCGGCAGGUGCGACAACAUACACUUCAGGUAAAGAUAGUCUAACGUUGUCUAAAGGACAAAACUUCUUCAUCUGCAGUUUUCCAGGCCAUUGUGAACGAAAUAUGAAAAUUGCAGUUACUGCCAUUUGA